UCUGAGAGACACUGACCAGCGUUCCGGCAUCCCAAGGAGAGGUCACGCCAGCCGGGACAGCGGCGACAAACCGUAUAUGCUUACCCUUGUGGACCCCACUUGGCAUUGCCGCUUUAAACAUAAAACACAAACCCACAGCUUUCCGGGGUUUCAACCUGAGCAGGUUGAUUUCUAGCAAAAGCAGAGAGGGAGAGACUGUGUGUAUAGAGGAGACAGACUGGCAGAGAUGCAAUGUAUUCUCACCAUCGGUUCUGCGGGAUCGUUUACCAAGGAGCAGACACAACAGCGAAUCCUACCGUGCAUAUAGGAGGAGUGUUCCCAUAGACUCAUGAUCCAUGCAGACCAGAAGCGAACACCCUCAGCAGUGACUGAACACAGCGAGCUAGCUGCACCUACAUGCCGACUUGUGAUGGAGAGAGACUGGGCCCUAUCACCUCUACUGGUAUGAGCUGUAGGAUGGCUUCUCGGGACUCUUGUGUGCUGAUGAACCUGUCAGUGAGUCUCGAGGAAAGAGAACAUUAUGAUAUGGCGUUUUCCAGGUCUCACAUGUUUUCCUCAUGUAUAGGGAAUGACAUUCUGCUUGUAAAGAAUACUAGAGGGUUUUAUGACCCAUUUUUAUUUGGUUGGAAAUGGAUAAGACAUAGAUUACUGAGUUGUCUAUGCCAUCAGUACUACUCUAGAUACUGCUCAGGGAGACUUGGUUCUAUUGGAAUAUAUGCUCCUAUCUUUUAUAUGCUGCUACUUUUACCCAUGGCAUUGGGCCUGCCUCAUCCAGUUUUGCAGGGGAACUGUUCGUUAUCUCUGGUACAAGAAGAAAGUAUUCUAAAGCCAUUUACAAGCAUCCCAUCAUUAAUGCUAUCUUGGACCUGCAUUUCUCCAGCACCCACAAAUCUUCCAUCCAUCUUAGCCAUCACCAGUGAAGUCAAAACUGCUACCCCUUUGAGACCCCAUACACAUAUCCAUGUACUCACCACCAUUCAACGCAGAUCAGUCUCUUCUGACAAACCAUCUGAACUGUGCAUCAUUCCUAGACAAGCACUACUGCCUUUACCAGAUGUGCAACCCUCACCCUGGGGCAUAUGCCAACUGCAAUGUUGGACUAUAGGUUAUCCUGGAGCAACUUUAUCAAAUGGUAUGUUGUUUACCUCAUUUUAUCAUUGCCUUAGUCAUCAAAAUCCACUAGACUUGAAACUACAUUGCCAACCAUGCAGUGAGCUGGAAAGCAAAAAAAUUAUAUUGCACUGGAGAGUAAUGUUGCCUCAGCUCCCUAUGAAAACAGUUGAUAACCAUGGGAUUCCCAGAAGCAAAAGGAAUAUUAACAACAGUCCACAGUUUCAGACACCCAGUUAUCAAGUAUCUGUACCUGAGAACAAGCCUGCAGGGACAUUUGUAGUGCACCUGAGGGCUAGUGACCCAGAUGGAGGAGAUUUUGGAAAAUUGGAGUACUCCAUGGAUGCUCUAUUUGACAGUCGGUCGUCAAAAUUUUUCUCUUUAGAUCCUGCAACAGGAGAGGUAACCACAGCAGCAGUAUUAGAUCGAGAGACUAAGAGCACUCAUGUUUUCCGCGUUACUGUAAGUGAUGCUGGUAUCCCUCGUCGUACUGCAAUGGCAACACUAACUGUUACAGUAAGUGAUACAAAUGAUCAUGACCCAACUUUUGAGCAAAUUGAAUAUAGAGAAAGUGUGAGAGAAAACAUGGAGGUUGGCUAUGAAGUGAUGACUGUGCGAGCCACAGAUAGUGAUGCCUUAAUGAAUGCCAACAUUGCUUAUUGCCUUAUUUCUGGAUCAGGGGAAGUUUUUGAGAUUGACCCUCGUUCAGGGGUCAUCAGGACAAAGGGCCCAGUAGACCGUGAAAAGAGAGCAUUUUACCAGCUACUUGUUGAAGCAAAUGACCAAGGAAAUGAUCCUGGACCCCGUAGUUCCACAACUACUGUGCACAUAUCUGUGGAAGAUGAAAAUGAUAAUGCACCACAAUUCAGUGAGAAACGUUACGUGGCACAUGUACCAGAAGAUGCUGCACUUGAUUCUAAAGUUCUAGUGGUAACCGCAACAGACCGUGAUCAAGGAGCUAAUGCUGCAGUGCACUAUAGUAUCCUUAGCGGCAAUGCUCGUGGGCUCUUCUCCAUUGACCCUCAAUCUGGUGCCAUCUACUUAGCAGGUGCUCUUGACUUUGAGACAGGGAAGGAGCAUUCUCUAAGAGUAAGAGCACAAGAUGGUGGACGGCCUCCUUUGUCCAAUGUUACUGGCUUAGUCAGUGUCCAGGUUCUAGAUGUGAAUGAUAAUGCACCAGCUUUUGUAAGUGGUCCUUUUCAGGCUGCAGUUUUGGAGAACGCACCUUUAGGUUAUUCAGUGCUGCAGGUUCAGGCACUAGAUGCAGACUCGGGUGAAAACUCCCAGUUGGAAUACAGGCUCACAGGUGAAGCUGGACCAUUUACCAUAAGCAAUAGUACUGGCUGGAUUAUAGUACAGUUACAACUGGACAGAGAAGCUGUGGAAUUUUACAGCUUUGGAGCAGAAGCACAGGAUCGUGGUCAGCCAUCUUUGUCCACUUCUGCUUUGGUAAGCAUUCAAGUACUGGAUGUUAAUGACAAUGCCCCACAAUUUACACAAAAUGAAUACCAGGCGCGUCUGAAUGAAGAUGCUGUAGUUGGUACUAGUGUUUUGACAGUGUUGGCACUUGAUCGGGAUUCCCAUGCAACAAUCACCUAUCAGAUUACUUCUGGUAAUGCCCGACAUCGAUUCUCCAUCUCAAGCUUGGCAGGAGGUGGCGGCUUGUUAACAUUAGCAUUGCCUCUUGAUUAUAAAUUGGAGAGGCAGUUUAUACUGACUGUCACUGCAUCAGAUGGGAUGCAAACGGAUACUACACUUGCAGUGGUGAAUGUGACGGAUGCCAACACACAUAGACCUGUCUUUCAAAGCUCACAUUACACUGUGAGCGUGAGGGAGGAUCAACCACCAGGAACUACUGUAGUGAUCAUAAGUGCUUCAGAUGAGGAUACUGGCGAGAAUGCACGCAUUACAUAUGUGGCAGAAGAGGGUAUGCCACAGUUUGCCAUACACCCUGACACUGGUGCAGUAACAACAACAAUGGAAUUAGAUUAUGAAGAUCAAAUUUCCUACACAUUAGCCAUAACUGCUCAUGACAAUGGCAUUCCUCAAAAAUCUGACACUACAUAUCUUGAAAUUCUGGUAACUGAUGUAAAUGAUAAUUUUCCGGUGUUCCAAAGAGGAUCCUAUAGUGGUGCAGUUCCUGAAGAUGCACCCCCUUACACAAGUGUACUACAGAUUUCUGCUACUGAUCUUGAUUCUGGCCUAAAUGGAAGAGUCUUCUACACAUUUACCGGUGGUGAUGAUGGGGAUGGUGACUUCACAGUUGAGUACACCUCUGGUAUUGUGCGCACUUUGAGACAGCUGGAUCGGGAGAAUAUAGUAGAGUACAGCCUCACUGCUUAUGCUGUUGAUAAAGGACACCCAACUCCACAUCGUACUCCAGUUGAAGUGAUUGUCACCGUAUUGGAUGUUAAUGACAAUGCACCAGUAUUUGCUCGAGAUGAGCUUCAAGUAAUGGUACUAGAAAACAGCCCACUUGGUCCACCUCUGGCCACGAUUACUGCCAGUGACCCUGAUGAGGGUCCAAAUGCUCAGAUCAUGUAUCAGAUUGUUGAAGGGAACAUUCCAGAGAUUUUCCAGUUGGACAUAUUUUCUGGGGAGCUAACUGCUUUAGUUGACUUAGACUUUGAGGAGAGACCAGAGUAUCUUAUUGUAGUACAAGCCACAUCUGCUCCGCUGGUCAGUAGGGCCACUGUUAGAAUACGUUUGAUUGACGUUAAUGACAAUUCUCCAACUUUGAGUGACUUUAGGGUUGUUUUCAAUCAUUAUGUUGGGGGUGGUGGUGGCAGUUUCCCAAGUGGAGUGAUUGGAAGAGUGCCAGCACAUGAUCCGGAUGUAAGUGACAUGUUGAGCUUCACCUUUUUGCAAGGGAAUGAGUUGGGCCUUCUCCUACUUAACACUAGUAGUGGGGAGCUAAGCCUAAGCCGUGAUCUUGAUAGCAACCGGCCACUAGAAGCAACAAUGGAGGUAGCAGUUACUGAUGGAAUCCAUCGUAUCACAGCACAGUGCACAUUGCAAGUGGCUAUUAUUACUGAUGAAAUGCUAUCGCACAGUAUCACCUUACGUCUAGGUGGAGUGUCACAAUAUAAAUUUCUUUCCCCACUCCUGCCACAAUUUAUCCAUGCAGUGGCUCAUGUACUUUCUAUAGCACCCCCUGGUGUUGUGGUCUUUAGCAUCCGUGAUGACUCUGAGGCUUUAUCAUUAACCUUAGGCUCUACCACAAAUGGACAGAUUUUGAAUGUCAGUCUCUUGGUCCAAGGUCCUGAAGGGGCUUAUCUUCCGUCCGAAACAUUACGUGAGCUUUUGUAUCUGAACCGCACUUUGUUGGCUACAUUGGCACAGCAGAAGGUGUUACCCUUUGAUGACAAUGUGUGUCUUCGUGAGCCCUGCCCUAACUACAUGUUGUGUGUGUCUGCCUUACGAUUUGACAGUUCUGCUCCCUUCUUAGCCUCAGAUACUUUACUGUUCCGUCCUAUUUUGCCUGUGGGUGGGCUGCGCUGCCGAUGUCCAACAGGUUUUGCUGGUGACUAUUGUGAAACAGAGGUAGACUUAUGUUACACAGGGCCAUGUGGACAACAUGGCAUCUGUCGGAGUCAUGAAGGUGGCUACACUUGUCAGUGCCAAGAUGAUUAUACAGGUCCACAUUGUGAGAUUUCAUUGAGCACUGCACGUUGCUCUGCAGGGCUCUGCAGGAACGGGGCAGCAUGUGUUAAUUUGCUGGUGGGAGGCUUUCACUGUGAGUGCCCUUCUGAGGAAUAUGAAGCACCAUACUGCACGGUCACCACACGAACUUUCGAUGGAGAAUCAUUCCUUACAUUCCGGGGCUUGAGACAAAGGUUCCAUUUCACAUUGUCACUUAGCUUUGCCACCCGGGAGCAGAAUGGACUUCUUAUGUAUAAUGGAAGGUUUAAUGGGAAACAUGACUUCAUUGUCUUGGAAGUGAAAGAUGAACAAGUUCAGCUGACUUUUUCUGCAGGAGAAUUUACUACAACAGUAUCUCCCUUUUUACCUGGUGGAGUAAGUGAUGGACAGUGGCACACAGUUUAUAUCCAUUAUUACAACAAGCCAAUUGUAGGUAAGUCUGGGGAUCUGCAGGGACCCUCGGACCACAAGGUAGCUGUGGUGACCAUUGAUGACUGUAACGCUGAAAUGUCCUUACGAUUUGGAGAUAUCCUAGGAAGCUACUCCUGUGCUGCCCAGGGAAUGCAGUCAGGAACGAAGAAGUCCCUGGAUCUAACAGGUCCACUUUUACUGGGAGGCAUACCAAACCUGCCUGAGGAUUUCCCAGUGUUACACAGAUACUUUGUAGGCUGCAUGAAAGACCUGGUUAUAGAUAACAAGGCAAUGGACUUAGGGAAUUUUAUUGCAAACAACGGAACUGCUCCAGGUUGUCCAGCCAAAAAGAACCAGUGUGAAGGAAAGAAAUGCCAGCAUGGAGGAACAUGUGUAAACCGAUGGGAUGGAUAUUCAUGCGAGUGUCCUUUGGGUUACGGAGGAAAAGAUUGUGAGCUAGAUAUGCUGUCUUCCUUGCGUUUUCUGGGUAAUGGUGCAUUAUUAUGGAAAAGCCUUUUGUUACCUCUGAUUGUUCCUUGGCAGCUGAGCCUCAUGCUUCGUACACGGCAGUCGGAUGCUGUUUUACUGCAGGCGGAGGGUGAAAUGAAUUGUUCUCUCACACUACAGAUGAGCCAGGGUUCUCUCAUAUUUUCUCUGCGUGGUUUCUUAAAUGUCCAAGCCUCUUUGAGCCUUCCACAUGUAAAAUUAAAUGACGGAAUUUGGCAUCACAUAGCUAUAGAGCUACAAAAUGACCCUAAAGUGCCUGGGACCCAUCUUCUAUUUCAAAUAGACUAUGGACAGGAUAAGGUUGAAGAACAUUUUCCCAGUGACCUUUUCGGAGCAACUCUGAACAAUCUGAGUGUUGGCGCAGUAACAUUUAAUGGAAAUGACUUUCUGCAAGGAUUCCGUGGAUGCUUACAGGGUGUGAGAGUGGGUUCCUUCAGUUCUCCACUCUCUCUGGCAAAUGCAUUGUUUUUGAAUGUAGAGUCUGGCUGCAGUUUUCCCGACCCCUGUGACUCCAAUCCGUGUCCAGUGAACAGCUACUGCAGGGAUGACUGGGACAACUACUCCUGUGCUUGUCAUCAAGGAUAUUAUGGUAACAACUGUAUUGAUGCAUGCGACCUGAAUCCAUGUAAGCACCAGUCCACAUGUGUAAGGCACUUAAAUGGCCCAUAUGGAUGUGAAUGUGCCUCAGGAUUUUAUGGCUCACACUGUGAAAACAGGCUUGAUCAGCCAUGUUCCCGUGGUUGGUGGGGCCAUCCUGUGUGUGGUCCAUGUAACUGUGAUGCAAGCAAAGGUUUUGAUACAGACUGUAACAAAACAACAGGAGAAUGUCAUUGUAAGGAUAAUCAUUACCGUCUUCCUGGAGCUGAGGUCUGUAUACUGUGUGAUUGCUACGCUAUAGGUUCCCUAAGUCGAACAUGUGAACCAAGCACAGGACAGUGCCCCUGUAAGCCAGGAGUAAUUGGGCAGCAUUGUGAUCAUUGCGACAACCCUUUUGCAGAAGUUACAUUCAAUGGAUGUGAAGUGAACUAUGACAGCUGCCCCCGAGCUAUAGAAGCUGACAUCUGGUGGCUAAGAACACGUUUUGGACUGCCAGCUGCAGUUUCUUGUCCAAGAGGUUCUGUGGGUACUGCCGUUCGUCACUGUGAUGAGCACAAAGGCUGGCUACCUCCAGACCUGUCUAAUUGCACCUCCCACUCACUCAUACCUCUUAAAGGAUUGUUGGACACACUGAGGCAGAAUAUGUCAUUGCUGAGUUCCACAGUUGCACAAAAGGGUGCACAAGAUCUGCUAAAUGCUACAAAAAGUACAGACCCUUACAUGAACAGUGAUGUGCAUAUAUCAUACCAACUUCUCAGUACCAUUCUGCAAAAGCAGAGCCAGGAAAGUGGCUUCAACCUUGCAGCAACACAGGAUGUGCACUUCACAGAGAAUGUGGUGAAAAUUGGAAGUUAUCUUCUGGAUCUUGACACCAAAGAACACUGGGACAAAAUCCAGGUUUCCGAGGCUGGUACUGCCCUCCUGCUGAAACAUUAUGAAACCUAUGUUGGUAACCUGGCUCGGAACAUGAAGUACACCUAUCUAAACCCCUUUGCUAUCAACACACCUAACAUUGUUGUCUCAGUGGCACAGUUGGAUAAGGCAAACUUUGCUGGAGCAGUGUUGCCACGAUAUGAUACCCUACGUGGCGUAAAACCAAAUGAUCAAGAGACUGCAGUGAUACUUCCAAUACCCAGUUUCAUGUCCCACAAUGUGAAUGAUCACCUCGCUAUCAGGCCACAUGAUGAACCUUCAGACCAGAGCAGAACGAAACGAGAUAAGACCUGGCAAGAAAGUACACAAAGGGACUCUCAUGCUGUGGUUACUGUCAUCAUAUAUCAUAGUUUGGGAAUUUUACUUCCUGAGAAGUGGGAUCCUGACAAGAGGAGUCUCAGGAUUCCUAAACGCCCUGUAAUAAACUCCCCUGUGGUGAGUAUUAAUAUUUAUGGAACUGAAGGUGGUGCCCUGGAUCAACCAAUAACCGUGCAGUUCAAACUCCGAGAGACACAGGAACGAUCAAAACCUAUAUGUGUGCAUUGGAACCAUUCCCUUCAACUACCUAUCACAGGGGGAGGCUGGUCAGCUCGGGGCUGUGAGCUGGUCUUUCGGAAUGAAACACAUAUUAGCUGCCAGUGCCAUCAGAUGACCAGCUUUGCAGUCUUAAUGGAUAUGUCUCGAAGAGAAAAUGGAGAGGUGCUCCCUCUACGCAUUAUUACAUACUCCUGUCUAUGGGUGACAUUAAGCUUUCUGCUCCUCUCCUUGCUUUUCCUGUCUAUCCCACGUUCAUUACAUUCCAAUCAACACAGCAUCCAUAGGAAUCUACUGCUCGCCCUUCUCAUGUCUCAGCUCAGCUUUCUGUUGGGAAUCAAUCAGGCUGAUAUGCAGUUUGCCUGCACUAUCAUUGCCAUCCUGCUCCAUUUCCUCUCACUCUGUUGCUUUUCUUGGACAUUCCUUGAAGUUCUACACCUAUAUCGCAGACUGAGUGAAGUUCGGGAUGUCAACGGCGGCCCGAUGAGGUUCUACUAUGCCUUGGGUUGGGGUGUGCCAGCCUUUAUAACUGGUUUAGCAGUGGGACUUGAUCCUGAAGGAUAUGGAAACCCUGACUUCUGCUGGUUGUCCAUUUCUGACACUCUGAUUUGGAGUUUUGCUGGACCAGCUGCUUUUGUAAUCUCGACUGGCCUGUUUCUGUGUGUUAUUUCUGGACGAGUGUCUUGUGCAGCGCAGAGGAAAGGCUUCCACAAGAAGGGAACAACAUCAGGACUCCGUUGUGCCAUUGUCCUAUUGCUCCUAGUCAGUGUAUCAUGGGUUCUGGCUCUUUUGUCAAUCAACAGUGAUCUUUUGCUUCUACACUACAUGUAUGCAGGGGUUGUCUGUGCACAGGGUCCUCUUAUUUUCAUGAUCAAUGUGAUAUUUAGCAAAGAUGUCCACAGGGCACUUAAGCGUACUGUCAGUAGGAUGAAUGAACCUAGCGUUACCACAAAAUCUACAAUGAUCUCGUCACAUGCCGGUAAUACUUAUGUAGAUGGUCACUUUUAUCACAUGCCAUUUGGAUCUUCAACGGGCUCCUUACAUAGUUCCCUGGCAUCAAGAGGUAGUCAUUGUUACUUGCCAUUCCUGCUAAGAGAUGAAGCUGGGCUUAAGGAUGGACAGGCUCUCCCGGAGUUAAAUGAUCACAAUGGUAUAUUCAUAGAAGCCAAGGACCAUGAAGACUCUGAUUCAGACAGCGACUUGUCAAUGGAUGAUGACCACAGCUGCUCCUUUGCAUCCACUCAAUCCUCUGACAGUGCGGAUGAAGAUGAUGCAGAUAGUCCUGGGGUCUCAAGCUGGGAAGUUGUCACUAGUCUUAACAAUGAGAAAAUGUUGCAAACUUCCACAAAAGUAGAUAAUGUUAAGUCAGAGAAGGCUAUGGAUAAUGUAGAGAUGUGUCCGACGGACCAAACAGUAAGAUCACCUAAACAAACUACACCACGACCACAAAAAGGAAUUCUGAAAAAGAAGCAUCGUUCUCUAAUUAAUCGAAUCCAUAAUGAACUUGGACACAGGACCAAACCCUCCCUCCAGGAACAACUAAAUGGGGUCACACCUAUGAGCAUCAGAACACAUACAGCUGGGAAAGAGUCCUCUGAAUCUGAGAGCAACGAGACGUCUAUCUAAGAUGCAGUCUUGUAUCUGAUUGAAAAAUGUAUAAGUGUUUUAAUAGGGGCUAAAGAUUCCACUGAGGACCACGGGAUCUCUACUCAGCAAUGGAGACUCUCUACUUUCCUAAACAUGUACAGCUAUUUUUUUGCAUUGUGCUGUAAAUAUGCCAAUGCUGUUUGUAUGAAAAUAAAUAUUUUUGGUCUUG